ACCAGGCCCAACAUGGCGCCCGCGUUGCCCUGGUAACCAUCACUUCCGGCGCGGGCGCGUCCUUUUCCGGUCAUAUGCAUCCAAGAUGGCGGCGCCCACAGCGGGGCCGCCGCCGGUGCUGCGGAUCGUGGCCGAGUGCGGCCGGAGCCGCGCCCGCGCCGGGGAGCUGCGGCUGCCGCACGGCACCGUGCCCUGCCCGGUGUUCAUGCCCGUGGGCACCCGCGGCACCGCCAAGGGGCUGACGGCGGCGCAGCUGGCGGCGCUGGGCUGCCGCAUCUGCCUGGGCAACACCUUCCACCUGGGCACGCGGCCGGGCUCGGAGCUCGUUCGCCGCUCCGGGGGUCUGCACCGGUUCAUGGAUUGGCCGCACAACCUGCUGACGGACAGCGGCGGGUUCCAGAUGGUGUCGCUGCUGCAGCUCUCGGAGGUGUCGGAGGAGGGGGUUCUGUUCCAGCCCCCCCACGGGGGGGAGCCGAUCCUGCUGAGCCCCGAGCGGUCCAUGGAGAUCCAGAACGCGCUGGGGGCUGAUAUCGUGAUGCAGCUGGACGAUGUCGUGAGCAGCACCACGACGGGGCCGCGCGUGGAGGAGGCCAUGGACAGGUCCAUCCGCUGGCUGGAUCGCUGCCUGGCCGCUCACAGCCCCCCAGAGCCCCCCCAGGUCCAUCCGCUGGCUGGAUCGCUGCCUGGCCGCUCACUCCCGCCCGCAGCAGCAGCUGCUCUUCGCCAUCCUGCAGGGGGGGCUGGAGCCGGAGCUGCGCCGGCGCUGCGCCCGAGCCAUGACCCAGCGGGACGUUCCCGGUUUUGCCAUCGGGGGUCUCAGCGGCGGCGAGGACAAGGCGCGGUUCUGGCGCACGGUCAAGUUCAGCGCCGAGCUGCUGCCCAGGGACAAGCCCCGCUACCUGAUGGGCGUGGGCUACGCCACGGACCUGGUGGUGUGCGUGGCGCUGGGCUGCGACAUGUUCGACUGCGUCUUCCCCACCCGGACUGCCCGUUUCGGUUCUGCCCUGGUGCCCUGGGGAUCCCUGCAGCUCAAAAAUCACCAAUUCGCCAAAGAUUUCCGCCCCAUCGACGCCGACUGCGGCUGCCCCACCUGCCAGAGGUAUUCCCGGGCGUACCUGCACGCUCUGCUGCGCUCCAACACGGCGGCGCUGCACCUGCUGACCCUGCACAACGUCGCCUACCAGAUGAAGCUGAUGGGUUCCAUCAGGGAGAGCAUCGUGCAGCGGCGCUUCCCCGAGUUCGUGCGGGAGUUCAUGGACGUGAUGUACGGGGGGAGGGGGGGCGCCCCCCAGUGGGCAAAGGAGGCGCUGGAGAGCGUGGGGAUCAGCCUGGAUUGAGGGGAGCCCCCCCAGAACCCCCCUGGAUUGAGGGGGGGGUCAGCCUGGAUUGAGGGGAUCCCCCCCAGAACCCCCCUGGGUUGAGGGGGGAUCAGCCUGGAUUGAGGGGAGCCCCCCCAGAACCCCCCUGGAUUGAGGGGGGAUCAGCCUGGAUUGAGGGGAGCCCCCCCAGAACCCCCCUGGGUUGAGGGGGGAUCAGCCUGGAUUGAGGGGAGCCCCCCCAGAACCCCCCUGGAUUGAGGGGGGAUCAGCCUGGAUUGAGGGGAGCCCCCCCAGAACCCCCCUGGGCUGAGGGGGGAUCAGCCUGGAUUGAGGGGAGCCCCCCCAGAACCCCCCUGGGUUGAGGGGGGAUCAGCCUGGAUUGAGGGGAGCCCCCCUAGAACCCCCCUGGGCUGAGGGGGGAUCAGCCUGGAUUGAGGGGAGCCCCCCUAGAACCCCCCUGGAUUGAGGGGGGGGUCAGCCUGGAUUGAGGGGAGCCCCCCCAGAACCCCCCUGGGUUGAGGGGGGAUCAGCCUGGAUUGAGGGGAGCCCCCCUAGAACCCCCCUGGGCUGAGGGGGGAUCAGCCUGGAUUGAGGGGAGCCCCCCCAGAACCCCCCUGGGUUGAGGGGGGAUCAGCCUGGAUUGAGGGGAGCCCCCCCAGAACCCCCCUGGAUUGAGGGGGGGGUCAGCCUGGAUUGAGGGGAGCCCCCCCAGAACCCCCCUGGGUUGAGGGGAGCACCCCCUGAAUUGAGGGGAGCCCCCCAGAACCUUCCCAGGAUUCCUGGGAACCCCCCUGGAUUGAGGGGAGCCCCCCCCGUUCUCACCCCCCACCUUUGUCCUCCUCUCUGUAUUUUUAUACUUUUUUUUUUUUGCGGUUUUUUUACUAUUUUGGGGUUUUUUAAAGGGUGGGAAAUAAAAGAGUCUGGAAAGGAAACGGGU